AUGCGACCCUCAUCAACACCUGGCCGGCGGCGGAGGCCUGCGUUGAGCACCUUCGUGUCACAGUGCUGUCUCUUGGCGUUGCUCGCCUGCACUGUCGUAGCUGUGCACCCGGAUCAGAUCAUCGACCAAGCAGAUGCAAGCUCUUCCUUCGAAACAGCCGAGCUUUCAUUGAACAACUCGCCCCCGUUGACACCUCCGCCCAAGUCAAAACGAGCGCCUUCCGACGAUGGCCCACCCCCGACAAGGAUCCCCAUCACUUCGACGAUGCCCUCCGUCAAAGAGAUUUCAGCCAUGUCCCCGACCAUUGCGCUCUUCUGGGACGCCGCUCUCAAAGCCUUGGCUCUAGCAGCGCAGGACGGGGUCGAGUCGACACUGCGCUCGUCCGACUUCUCCAGGCUUCACGGCAAGAUCGUCGGCAUACCUGGUACGGGCAUCGAGACCAAAGCGGAGGCCAAGGCGCUGCAAAAGCAUUUGGAUUGCAUGACGAGCAACGGGGAAUGGGUCUACGAUCCUUUGGGCGACGCGAGAUCGAACGAGGCGCCGAAUCCGAACGUCGGCUUGACCAUACACAAACAAGAGGGGAUCUACGCGAGUUGCGACCGCAAGUUCUACUCCAAGUCCAAAGGAGGCAACAGGCGAAGUGACGCGGACUGGGACGUCCGGGAAUCGCUAAAGUGGAAAUGGCAACCGUCCAAGACGUGUGUCGAGACUGCCCCUUCGAACGCUCGGCCGGGCCUUUCGCGCCGACGUUUCUGUCAAUACCUCUCGCACAAGUCGACGAUCCUUCUCGGAGACACGCCGCACUACUCGUUGCAUGACCUCUUGCUUGACUGGACGACGCUCUCUCCGAUGUCAUGCUACGGCGACUUGUACUGUCGCGAGCAUUCUCUGUGCGGCGAUAUCCUCAAAGCCAAACCCGGGACCGGGAUCGAGGACUGGACCGAGGACGAACGCGUGUGGCUCAGUCUGCCGCGACCUCCCUCGGCGGUAUUGAAGGCUGCUGCGGAUCGAUCGGAGGAAGACGAUGACGCGGACGAGCUGCACAGGCACGAGCCGUGGGACGAGACAGUCAUUGCAGAGAACGGCCAGCGACGCACGCCCUCGGUCGGGACAUUACUGCGUUACCGCCGCACCGACGGCCUCAAGUCGACGCGCAAGCACAUCGAGCCCAACUAUGCCCACCCUGCGACGGGGAUCCGAGAGAUGAACCAACAGUGGCUCCCCGAUUCACGACGCGCCGACAUCGUCGUCAUGGCCAAAGCACCUCUGCCGUUCCCCCUUCCCGGCCACAACAAGACGUUCGAUCAUUGGUUCGACGAGCUCGACGACUCGAAGGAUCUUGAAGAGGUGGCGGAAAGGUACAUCGAAGCGGCGUGGCACAUCACCGAGAACGUGUGGUUGCCCGAGUUGCUCGAUUCGCUCAGUUUGAUGCGCGGGUCACCUUCGCCCGAAGACCAGCUGAUCAUCUACCGCGGUGGAUGGAGGGCGCACCAUGACUGUAGUCGAUCGUCGUUGGACGAGGACGAUCCUUCGGCGAGUUGGGAUUGGCAAUCCCCCGGCGACGGUCCUCCGCCGCACAAGCAUCAACCGACGCUAAGUCAAGUCUUGUUCCGUAAUCAAGCACAAACGCGCCUCGUCGAUAAACACACCCUGUGGUACAACCUGCAAACGAUCAUGCAGAACCACAUCGUGCGCAAGUUCAUCGCCCCCAAGUUCGGUAUCCCUUUCCUCGAUCUCGAAUCGAGCAUGUCCGUUUGGCGAUCGGGAAUGGUUGGCGGGUCAGCGAGUGCGCCUUUUGAGCCUCUGCCCAAGAGUUCGAUGCAGGGGAGUGGGUUCAUCGAUCAGACCAAGUUGGAGAAGAGGGGGGCUAGUCCGGGGUUGAGGAGCGCCGCUUCGGGUGAUUGCUCGAGGUAUUGUAUCGCUUCGCCUGGGAGUGGGAUCGAGGAAGCGUUCAUUGGAGGAUUGUUGAGGGUCAGUUUGGGCGUUGUAUUGCUUCAUCGCUUCUGGAAGCUGACCUAGACACUCGACGACCAUGUUCGCCAGAUCUUUGAACGGGGCUUCGCGUCGACCGAGGAGCGCAAGCAGAAAUGGACCGGGGACAACUUUGCGAACGUCAAGGAAAGGAUGGCGCAGAGAGAGAAGUUGAAGAAUGGGGAUGCAGGGGAGGAUGACUAG